CGCAGUUUGGCUGUUGGAUGAGGGACGGGAGUGCCCCAUUCACACUCCCUUUACAUCUACGUACAACAGCGGAUUUCCCUGAAAAGAUAAAUUAACUGGACACGGUCUAUAGAAACAUAGAUGCGAUAGGUCUGUAGAAACCAGCCCGAAUGCAUCUGGUCGUUGCACUUAUCGAGGGAAACUAUGACUGUUUUAAACGAUUGACGAUUUGGGAUACUGUUACUCUUAUUACUUUAGCGUGCCUCUAAACCGGCCAUUCAUUCAUUUAUUUAUAAGGUGCUGCGCCCGUCUGGUUUUAGAUCAACCCGCCCUCUCCCCUGCUGUCUUCUUCCGAGUCCUGCGGUGAGGAUGGAUACCCGGUUACCUUUCCCCAGGUACCCGUUGCUUGUGCUGCUCUGCACGGUCUGUGCACUGUCGGAGACCCGGAGCCCAGUGGCUGCUGCGGGGAGGAGCUGCGCCGACACCCGGCAGGUGUACGCGGAGAAGGGCUACAGCACAGGCACCGCGCCGCUGACUCAAAUCUCCGGUGAGCACCUGCGGCUGUGUCCUCAAGACUACACCUGCUGCUCCAGUCAGAUGGAGGAGACACUGGCUCUUCAGAGUGAGAGGGACUUCGUCAAAGCUGUGGAAGAGAACAGCCAGUUUCUUUUGACUACUUUUACCCAGAGACACCGCAGGUUUGAUGAGUUCUUCAGAGAGCUUAUAGACCUGUCAGAGAAGUCUAUGAACCAGAUGUUUACGAAGACCUACGGCCGGCUCUUCACCCAAAACGCACACGUCUUCCAGGAGCUGUUUGUGGAGCUGCGCAGAUAUUAUUCUGGGGGCACUGUUAGUCUGUCAGAGGUUCUCUCAGACUUCUGGUCCAGACUGGUGGAGCGAGUCUUCUCUCUGAUUAAUCCCCAGUAUCAGUUUAGUGAGGACUACCUGGAAUGCGUCAGCAAACACGCUGAACAGCUGCAGCCAUUUGGGGAUGUGCCCCGCAAACUGCGCGUACAAGUAUCAAGGGCUUUUAUUGCAGCCAGAGCACUAUCUCAGGGCUUGGCUACUGGUCGGGAUAUUGUUAACAAAGCAACAAAGUUGACUGCAGAUUCAGAGUGUGUGCGUGGCCUGAUGCGUCAGUGGUACUGCCCGCUGUGUCGAGGCAUGCCCUCCCUGCGGCCCUGCCACUCCCUGUGCCUUAACGUGAUGAAGGGCUGCUUAGCCAAUCAGGCCGACCUAGACACAGAAUGGAACAAUUUCAUUGAUGCUCUGUACCAGGUUUCAGAGAAGUUGGAGGGGCCAUUCAACAUGGAGCUCGCAGCCGACUCCAUCUCCGUAAAGGUUUCAGAGGCCAUCAUGCACAUGCAGGAAAACAGUGUCAGCAUCUCAACUAAGGUGUUCCAAGGUUGUGGAAGUCCCAGGCCAGCUCCAGGACGGUCCAAACGCUCACCCAAAGAGUCAGGGGGCAACAGGAGGCCCUUCCGCACCUACAGCCCAGAAGAGAAACCCACCACUGCUGCAGGCACUAACCUGGACCGACUGGUUACCGAGCUGAAGGAACGACUGCGGCCCAUGCGUGGCUUCUGGGUGUCCCUCCCACACACCAUCUGCAACGAUGAGAAGAUGGCUACCGACGUCACUAAUGAGGACCGCUGCUGGAAUGGGCAGACCCGAGGGAGGUACCUCCCGGAUGUGACAGGCGACGGUCUGGUCAGCCAGAUCAACAACCCCGAGGUGGAAGUGGAUAUUGCCAAGCCAGAUGUGAGGACCAGACAGCUGAUCAUGGAGCUGAGGGUGGUGACCAACAAACUGAGACACGCUCAGAGUGGACACGACAUGGACUUCAUGGACAGUGAGGAGGGGAGUGGCUCAGGGGGAGGAGAUCACGGCGAAAGGUACAAUGAUGAUUGGCCAGGCUAUGGGCCUAAUGCCCCCACCUACAACAAACCUCCUCAUAACCCUGCCUCCAACCCCCCAAAGCCGCCUCGAGGCCGAGAAAGAAAUGGGUCCAAGUGGAACCGAAACAACGGCCAUGGAAGGGUCAGAUCUAAAACCAGCCAGCUCACUUUCUCCCUGGUUCCUUUGUUGGCUUUGCCCUUCAUGGUCACUGUUGCCCCCAUGUGGAGAUAGCUCGUUAUUAUAUUCUGGAGGUUGAGGUUUUCUGUCAGAUGCUGCUGGAGUUUCAAGCACAUUGUGAGGGGGGGGGAAAAAACAAAAUACAAAAAUUUCAUUCCAUUUGGUUACACCAGCAGAAAAAGACAAAACAGGCUAAUUUCGCAAUAAUCAAAAACCUGUUUACACCACAAAAUAAAUAAGUUAACGUGAAUAUUUUUCCUACUGCCCACACCACAAAAUAGGCAUUGAUGAUUAUUAACAAAUUUUCAUUAAUAAGUAAUGCCAGUUUUUUAGUGCCAUUAGUCAGAUGUUUGGCCGGUUGGGGUCCUGUUGCUGAAUGGUGUGCAAUGAGCAUAUAGGCCUUGGGGGAUGAAAGAGAAACAAAGUACUACAACAGCAAAUGAAUUAGCAGCAUUUGGGGGAUGAAGUUUGUGGUCUCAUGGUUUGGUGGUCUGUGAGAUGGAGAGUCGUGCCAGUCAAUUAACGUGUAGUUUCAGUGAGCAGUGAGUUUGUUUGCUGCCUUUCUCUUUGAAUUAAGUUAAUUUAUUUAAUUGUAUCCUGAUUUUAAUUCAAUUGUGAUUUGGCUUAUUUUUUAUCCUGUGGAGUUAGGCGAGCAAAUUAAAUGUUACUAAUUAAACUUCCAUAUUUUGGCUUGGAGAUUAAAAAAAGUCAACACUAAUGACUCUUGAAACCAAACAAGGGGCUUACUUUGAUUGUACCUAAAAGCUCAAAUUAAUUUGCAGUUACUUGUGAUGAUGAGGGGUUACUUAAUGUAAUAUAUUGAUGUUUUUAAUUUAUUUGUAAUAUAAUGUCAUUAUUAUUAUUGUUAUGAUUUUUUUAAGGCAAGAGGUUGAGUGUUUCUAUCUUAUAAAAGAAGUAAUUGUCUUAACUUUCUCUGGUAUAAAAGGGGGAGGGGGGGAAGGAAAAAUCAAGUUGUAUUUACUUUUUGCAAACCAGCCAUUUAAAAAUAUUGUCUGAUCAAAACAAAUGAAUUAUCAAACAGUUUUUUUUUUCUGGUGUUUUUAGCCUUAACAAGAGAUUGUUAGGGAGCGCAGUGUGUGUUUGUAUGAUGGUUUUAUGUUGUUGUUGUAUAUUUUGGAUCCACGGUUCUAAAGAUGUUGGGAUGUUUUUUAAUGCUGCUCUUUUCUACAUAUUUUUCCUAAAAGCAACAAAAAAAUGAUAAAAACAGUGAGUGAGCUAAUGAUGUGAUGUAAAAUUGGAUUGAAUGCUGACUAAAAGACAGAUGCUGUCAAGAGCUGAGGGAUGGUGGCUCUUACCUUUUGUAUGUUGAAUGUGUUUUGACGAAGAUGAAAUCAAAGGCUAUUCAAGAAGGAAAAACAAAACUUGUGAGUAGUGGUCAUCAAUGGACAAAGGAUGAAAAGAGUGAAGGAUUAGUAUGACAUUUUGGGAAAUCCACUUAAGUCACUUUAUUGCUGAGAGUUAGAUGAGAUGAUUGAUACCAUUCAUGUCUGUAUGAUAAAUAUGAAGCUAUAGCCAGUAGCUGAUCAGUUACCAUAGCAUAAAAAAUGGAAAUGGGGGGGGGGGGUCUAUCCAAAUGUAUCAAUCUGCCUACCAGCACCUUUUAAAAGCUCACUAAUUAACACAUUGUGACACAAAUGACAUUGUCGUGGGAUAAUGUGUGGACUAUUUCUUGGCUGGGAGCAGUUGCCAAGUCACCAGCAGAGACUCCAGAAAGUUCCUGGUCUUAGCCAAGAAAUAGUCACAACAAAUAAAACGGCUAAUUUAAUUUUCAUACUUUUUGUACAAACUAAACAAACAAGAUAUGUGUUAAUUGGAGAGCUUCAGAGAUGCUGGAUGCCAGGUUAUGUUGUCUUUGAACAGAACUAGGCUAGCCUUUUCCCCGUUUCCAUGUUCUGUUAAGCUAUGCUAAUCAGGCGCUAGCUCCACUUGCAACUCUUGGCAAGAAAGUAAAUAAAAUAUUUCUCAAAAUGUUGAACUUUUUCUUAAAGAUGACGGAAGUUGAUUGAUAGGAUCCCAAAAAAGAACAGAGAUACAGAGAAUACAAUAUGAAUGUAUAGAUGCUGUGAAAUGACACUUUUCUGUUGAGUGAAUUCACUUGGUUCUAACAGAAGUACACUUAUAGAGAAAUGGGCAGUUGCACCUGUACAAAAAAAAUGGCAAGAGAAGGGUUUCAUUCUAAAAUUUUGUCUAAAGUAUUUACAUUACUACUUUUAAUUACAUGGCAUACGACAAAGAUGAUUUUAUCCUCUAAAACAACACUCCUUUUAUAAAGAGUAGGUAAAAGAUUUAUAAAGUUUGGUGUUAAUAUUGGUGAGUGAUUCAUGCCAGCAAUGUAAUAGUUAAUCAUUUGUAUGUCAAAUUAAAUUUUGGCAUGAAACCUUUCAAAAUCAGUAGGGGCCAUGUAAAAGACUUCAACACAAACACAGUAUUAUGUUGCACAACUGCAAAUGGAAAAAAACAGUAUUUCACAGUAUUUCUAAUGCAACAGUAUUGUAAUCAUAUGUGCUUUCGAUUAUCAGCAGUCACAAUAGGAUGUGGUGACUGUAAUCUUUCAGUUAAAUUGUUCUUUACCGCAACCUCCCAAUCAUUCCCACUACUCGCACAUUCCUUUAUGGUGAAAAUAUAGCACAACUUUUUUCAUGUUGUUGUAACAGUUUUUUGGAAUCAAACGAGUGAUAUUUUCUGCUUCAUUAAAAAAAGUCAAGAC